AUGGCGGAUCGAGGUGGUCGAAUUGCUGAAUUACGUAGUGUUGAACAUCUUCAGUCAUCUCAAGGUUUACACGGAUCAAAGAAUAGUUAUUUGAUAGUCGGAUCUAAAAAAAAUAAAGAGUUUGAACGAGAGGACGUCAAAAAAUCUGAAUCAUCGACUUUUGACAAUCUAAAGCAAUGGGAAUUGAUAGAAGGUGAUCGAGGUCUCAAAGUUGUUGAAAAACGAUCAGCAUUAGAGUGUUCAUUACCAAAGAAUUUUGAAAAACUUUCAGUACCUUGUUCACCGUCAAUGUCUCAAAAGCGAAAAACUAAUAUGCAAGCAGAACAAAAUUUGUGGAAUGAAGAUAUUGUACAAAAGUUUAAAGCUUUUGAACGAUCUAAUAUUAUCAAAACUUCAUCACUUGCACCACCAGCCAAGCAAAUGAGCAACAAAACCAAUAACGGGGAAACCGUUCAUGAUAGUCCCAUUAAAUUGGAUACGAUUUUGAAGCCGAAAAAUCCACCUGCGGAUCAAAGCAUAGACAUGUUGGAUCAGCUGGAACGACAAGUAAAAGCUAUUGAAUUGGGGACUAUUGCAGCUCGUACAAAAUUGCGCGAUAGUACUGAUUUGCAACCGCAAAUUCAACUUCGUUAUCGUGAACACGAAGAUUUGUUGAACAACGUUACUGACGAUGAAGCUGAUGGGGCAUCGUUGCAACGAGGUGAGGCUAUGAGAAAUUCAACGGGGAAUGCAGCAAUCAAAAGGCCAGCAGUUAAGUUAUCAAGAACAGCAUCAGAUACUAGACGUGGUCAGGAAACAGAAAUGCCUUUGAAAGUCCAGUCGAGAGCCCAGCAGUUAGCGAGGGUAGCUAGACCUGUAGUGAUUAAGAAAAAUGAUUCUCGUCACCGUCCUGAGGUUAGUGGAGCCCUCAAACCGCUCACCGACAUCAUGCAGAAAGCCAUUCAAGCUCAUCAGAAGACUGGAGAUGGCGUGGGAGUAUCGAGCAGCGGGGGACGGCUUUCUUCAAGAAGCCGGACCUCCGAGGAGCCUCACAUUGGCAAGUAUAAGUUACUAAAAACAAUUGGUAAAGGUAAUUUUGCCAAAGUAAAACUUGCUAAACAUAUACCAACGGGAAAAGAAGUGGCUAUCAAGAUCAUUGACAAAACUCAAUUAAACCCAGGCAGUCUUCAAAAGCUCUUCCGUGAAGUAAGGAUAAUGAAGAUGCUUGAUCAUCCAAACAUAGUAAAAUUGUUUCAAGUUAUUGAAACAGAAAAAACAUUAUACUUAGUAAUGGAAUAUGCCAGCGGUGGUGAAGUAUUUGAUUACUUGGUAUUACAUGGAAGAAUGAAAGAAAAAGAAGCUAGAGCCAAGUUUAGGCAGAUAGUGUCUGCUGUGCAGUACUGUCAUCAAAAGAAAAUAAUUCAUAGAGAUUUGAAAGCUGAGAAUCUUUUAUUAGACAGUGAAAUGAAUAUUAAAAUAGCUGAUUUUGGGUUCAGUAACGAAUUUACACCAGGAAAUAAAUUAGAUACAUUCUGUGGAUCACCACCUUACGCAGCACCUGAAUUAUUUCAAGGCAAAAAAUAUGAUGGACCUGAAGUGGAUGUAUGGUCAUUAGGAGUAAUUCUCUACACAUUAGUAUCUGGCUCAUUGCCAUUUGAUGGUUCCACAUUACGGGAAUUGAGAGAAAGAGUAUUAAGAGGGAAAUAUCGAAUUCCUUUUUACAUGUCUACUGACUGCGAGAAUUUGCUAAAAAAGUUUUUGGUGCUUAAUCCGACAAAGCGGGCCUCAUUAGAGAAUAUAAUGAAGGACAAAUGGAUGAAUAUGGGCUAUGAAGACGAUGAAUUGAAACCGUACUUAGAACCCGAACCCGAUUAUAAAGAUCACAAGAGGAUAGAAGCCCUUGCUAUCAUGGGAUAUUCAAGAACUGAAAUUGAAGACUCGCUGGGGCAGGCUAAAUACGAUGAUGUUUUCGCCACUUAUCUUUUACUAGGACGUAAAACUACUGAUCCUGAGAGUGAUGGCUCGCGGUCAGGCAGUUCACUAUCACUGCGUAACAUUCCGCCACAAGCUAGUUCAGGUGCAGGAGGCGGCAGUGGAGGAAGUACUGGUGGUACAGUUCAAAGCCCUUCACAUAGAGGUGUUCAUCGGAGUAUUUCUGCUAGUAAUGCUAAACCCAGUAGACGUGCAUCUGCUGGUGUAGAAACUCUUCGUGGUGUACCAAGCCCAGGAAAUGCAACGAACCAUAAUCAUGCAUCAACUGUCACUGGUGGAACAGUGACUGCUAGUAGUGGUAGUAAUUUUAAACGACAGAACACCGUUGAUGCGGCGACUAUUAAAGAAAAUAGUGCCCGCGUUUCAUCAACACGGACAUCAGCGCCGAAAAAUAAUCCCGGACAACUUGAUACCAUGACAAUGUUUAUUCUAGGCGUCGGUACGAGUCCUGGUAGUAAAGGAAGAGUGGGCAAAAGUAAUACUAUAAAUUCAGGGGUAGGUGGUGUACGACCGCUUACCUCUCCUGCCCCUGGCUCUGUUGGUCGACGUAGCACCAUUUCUUAUGAUCAAGCUAAAACAUCAUCUUCAUCUACAGAGAGAACUAACGACGUAACUAGCUUAACCGAGGGCACUAGGCCAACGCGAGGUCAUAUCAAGUCUGCCAGCAUCAGUGCAAGUCAUAGAUCUACGAGUGGUGUAGCUCCCAGUGAUCAGUUGCUACUGGAUACUCAGCCACGGAAUGCUCACAUCUCGUUACUCACAACAACCGACCCUCUUAGGCAGAGUAUGGGAGUAUCUCCGAGUAGCAGAUUGGCAACACCCACGACACCAGCAUUUCCACGAAAUGUACCAAGUCGCAGUACGUUCCAUUCUGGUCAAAAUCGGGCGCAGAGAAAUCAUACUCAGGGGCAUACUCAUACACAGGAUACAAGCGCAAUAAGUCCACUGGCAAGGCCAUCUUUCUUUUCAAAAUUGUCAUCGAGGUUCUCUAAGCGCGCCAUGGACCAAACUGCACCCCCAAAGAACCCAGUAGUAAGUGGAGCUACAACUAAUGAUGAGCAAGUUAAACCACGUAGCUUACGUUUUACUUGGAGUAUGAGAACUACAAGCAGUCGAGAUCCAAAUGACAUUAUGGAGGAAAUACGGGGGAACACCACUGUGACGAUCGAAAAAAAGAGGGUACAUUAA